GUAAACUUGUUUGCCACUUCCCCAUUUGGCUGGGUCUUAUCAGACUCGGCUGGAAGGAAGAUCUUGGUCCUCUUACUCUGAUAGAUAUAUAGCAAGGCCAGGUAGUGUGUGGUGUGGUUCCACAGGGAGAGGAGAGGGGAAACAUGGCAGCCUUGGCGCUGCUUUGUCUGCUGUCAGUGCUGCCAGGCUCCACAGCAAUACUAAUGAGAUCUCCAUUGGAGGAGCUAUUUCUGCACUCCCUGGAUCAAAAGGACAUGGUGUUUUAUUUUGGUACCGACUCUGCUACCUCAGUGCCGGAGUUUCAGCUCAUCUGGACAGACUGUGCCUCUACGGAGCUCCACACUGGCCCCUGGCGAUGCUCCUUCGAGACCGAAGGGAAGCGCUUUGUGCUGGGGCUCGGGGAGAGGAAGCAGUCCUUCUCCUGUCAGUCCACAUUAGAGACAGCUCGGAACACCACUCUCAACAUCAUAAGGAAAAGUCAUGCCAUGUGUUGUCAGCAGGCCAAAGUUCUACAUCCUCCUUCAACUAAAGGAUUUCUCACCAUCUGUGCCAGGAAAAUGCAAGGCCUGGUUGUUGCAGGUAAAGAGAAGGAGAGACUAUACAUUCAGCCAGUGCUUCAAAAACACAUUCAUCUGACUGAAGCCAGAAACUGUUCCAGUCCAAGAAUACCUCAUCUGGUGUUCCACCAGCCAUUUACUGCCAGAGGCCCCCCCAGACACUCUCACAUGAAGAGGCUGCGUCGCCAAAGGUCAGCCAUAAUGCCUGAGGUGACCCACCUGGAGCUGCUAGUGGUGGUGGCGCCUGACGUGCAGCUGGUCCACAGGCAGGACACAGAGAGAUACAUACUUACCAACCUCAACAUUGCCUCAGAGCUGCUGAGGGACAUGACACUGGGAGCCAACAUGAGAGUGCAUCUGGUCCGUAUGAUCAUCCUCUCAGAACCAGAGCCAGAGAUUAACAUCUCCACCAACAUCUCCUCGUCUCUGAGGAGUGUGUGUGAGUGGGCCAGAAGGGUCAUCCCCUCUAAUGACACGGACCCCCUGCAUGCUGACCUUGUGUUAUACAUCACAAGAUUUGAUCUGGAGCUGCCCAAUGGGAACAAGCAGGUGAGGGGCGUGGCCCAGCUAGGCGGGGCAUGUUCUAGCCAAUGGAGUUGUGUAAUCACAGAGGACACAGGCUUUGAUCUGGGCAUCACCAUCGCUCAUGAGAUAGGCCACAGCUUUGGUAUAAACCAUGAUGGGAUUGGUAACACAUGCAGCAGCAGUGGCUUUAUGAUGGCCUCUGAUGGAGGCUACAACAGUGUGGAUCUCACCUGGUCCCAGUGCAGCAGACAGCAGCUGUACACAUUCUUCAGUGAAGGCAAGGCUGACUGUGUGAAAGACUUGCCUGUUCUGGUUGGCUCUCUGCAAGACUGGAAGCCAGGCCUUUACUAUGGCGUGGACGACCAGUGCCGGAUAGCGUUUGGUAGCACCGCCAGGGCCUGCUCCUUCACCAACCCUGACCUGCCUGUGUGCCGUGUUCUCUCCUGCCACAUCAAACCUGAUGACAACAGCUCAUGUAAACGUCUGCUGGUGCCUCUGUUGGAUGGGACAGAGUGUGCACCCAACCAGUGGUGCCUGAAGGGCCGCUGUGUGUCCCCAGACCAGCUCAGCUCCUCUUCCUCUGUGGUGGUGCACGGGUCCUGGUCCAGCUGGUCCCAGUUCUCCCCAUGCUCGCGGAUAUGUGGCGGGGGAGUCACUUCCCGGACCAGGCAAUGCAACAACCCACGACCUGCAUUUGGUGGGAAUGAUUGCAARGGCAGGGAUACAGAGGCGGAACUUUGUCACCAGCAGCAGUGUGAAAGGACCCAGCUGGCCUUCAUGGCAGAGCAGUGCGCCCAGACAGAUCUACAGCCCCUGUACCUGUCCCCCAACACGGCCUCCCUCUACACCUGGAUCCCCGCUGUAGGCUUUGUCACAGGGGAUGAACAGUGCAGGUACAUGUGCCAGUGUAAGGGAGAGAACUUCAUUGUGAGCCGUGGGUCUCAGUUUGUGGAUGGGACUCGUUGUGAACCAGACAGUCCAGCUCCCCUUGGUGCCACGACAGCUUGUCUAGGAGGGAUGUGCCAGCUGUUUGGCUGUGAUGGAGUGUUGAAGUCUGGGAAGGUGGAGGAUGUGUGUGGGGUAUGUGGAGGGGAUGGCUCCUCUUGCAGUCUCACCUCUCAGUCUUACAGUGGUGGUCAGGCCAGAGAGUACGUCACAUUCCUGACCCUGCCAGUAAACGCCACUCAGGUUCACAUUGUCAACAGGGCACCUGUCUUCACUCACCUGGCGGUGUUGAUUGGGAAUCAGUAUGUUGUGUCUGGGAGUGGCGGCAUUGCGUUAAACAUCACUCACCCCUCUCCUCUGGAGGACGGUCGUCUGGUUUAUCGUCUGUACCUGACCCCUGACCUCCUGCCUCUCAUGGAGGAGCUGCUGCUACAUGGAACUGUUACAGAGGAGACACACAUACAGGUCUAUCGGAAAUAUGGAAAAGAAUAUGGAGAACAAACCAGUCCAAACAUCACCUACCACUUUUAUACUCCCAUUAGUAAUAAUGCUUUUAUAAAAGAGAUACCCAGGGGCAAGUGGACUGUUGUUACAACAUCCUGCUCUGUCACUUGUGGCUCUGGCAUACAGAAAUCUAUGUAUGUCUGUAUGGAUGAAGACACCAAGGAGCAUCUGGAGGAGGUCUACUGUGAUUCAGCUCCCCUUCUCCUGCUUCAGCAGACAACCUGUCACCUCCCAGCCUGUCCCCCCAGCUGGGAGAUGGGAGAGUUUGGGCCCUGCAGUGCCUUGUGUGGUGGUGGAGAGAAAGUGCGCCCUGUGAGAUGUGUUCAAAGGCAAGGAGCAGAUGUCCUACAGGUGGCCGUUUCUGAAUGUCCACAACACUCAGCCACACAAUCAGUGGAUACAUGCAACUUUCAACCCUGCCCUGCAAGGUGGAAUGCGUCAGAAGCCGGGGAGUGUUCAGCGGUGUGUGGGCCCGGAGCGGCCAAACGCGUUGUGACAUGUGUGCGGUCCGAAGGUGGUCAUGAUGUUGAGGUGGACCAUAGCUUGUGUUCAGGGCUCUUCAAACCACCUGUCUUAGUGUCUUGUGUGAUCGAUGUCUGCCCUAUUGGCUGGGAGUCUAAGGGACAGGAUCAACCUAUACUUAACAAAUCCCCUGGUUUAAGGUACCGCUCCAGGUACCUAACAGUGUAUGUUUGGAGCCCUAUGAUAGGCCAAUGCUCAAAGACCUGCGGAAAUGGUACCCUGCAGGUGUGGUUUUCAUGUCUGGACCACCAGACCAGGCUAGCGGUGCCUGAGGUCUACUGUGAUGCCUCCAGCAAACCAGAGCCUCACACAGAGUCCUGCAACCCUUCCCCUUGCCCUCCCAUGUGGCGCUACAAGCAGGGAGUGUGCAGUGUGUCGUGUGGAGGAGGCGUGGCCCAUAGGGUGCUAUACUGCUCCCAGGAGACCGAGGGAGAUGAGGAGGUGGUUGUGAACAAUACAGAGUGCAGUAACAUGACCAAACCCAUAGCAGUGGUCACAUGCAACUCCAACAGCUGUCCAGCCAGGUGGAGAGUGCUGAGGACGGGGGCCUGUUCUAUGUCUUGUGAUCUGGGGUUAGCCAGGAGGCAUGUCUCAUGUGUUGAGUAUAUCCAUGGGGAGGACAGUGAGGUGUCUGAGGAGAGAUGCCAUGCAGCCGUUAAACCUGCUACCACGGUACCCUGUCUGRUGCAGGUGUGCACCUUCAGAUGGGACGUGAAAGACUGGAAUCAGUGUUCAGUGCCGUGUGGGUAUGGGAUCCAGUCGAGAGCAGUGUCCUGCAUGGGACCCACUAAGCCUGAGCCCCUCAGCCCACUGCUCUGCAUGCACAUGCCCAAGCCCAUCACCAUCCGGGGCUGCCAGAUGGACGACUGCAGGGUCUUAGAGAWGACUAGUCCCCUCACCCACACACACACCACCAACGCCCCCUCACUAGAGACCAGGGACCAGUUACCCAGUCCCCAGGGCAUGGAAGUCACUCCCAUGGAUGAGGAGCUGUCUCCUACUCUCAGCCUGACCCAGACACCCCCGACUGCAACAGAACUGAUCACCCCAGCCAUGCCCACUGUGACACCUAAAACCAGUCUGUGUGGGCAGCUUCUGCUGGGGGAGUCAGGCACAGUGGACUUGAGACAUGAGACAGGUCGCUGCAUCCUGUCAAUAGGCCGGCCCCUGGAUGAGGUCAUCCACAUGAAAGUAGAGUCCAGCUCCCUAAGCUGCAAGAAAAGGGAGUAUGUGGCGUUCUAUGACAGGCUGGUACUGGUCAGGAAGUGUGACCAGCUUGAGGACACUGAACUGACCUCCAGGACCAACGUCCUGCUGGUGCGCCAGCAUCUCUUGUCCCCUGGAAACGGAGUGCUGCUCACUUACAGCAGUCAGAAGAACAACAAGAAGAGUCACCACCAGGACUGUGAUGUCCAGCUGUUUGCUCCCAGCGGGGUCAUUGAGAAUCCAACGAUGACCUCAGCGUUGGGCAGUCACACCUGUCGAGUCCUCAUCAACGCCCCUCCCUCAGUGAAGAUUAGGAUCCGGGCUCUGAGCAUGGGCCCUGUGGUCAACAGCACAGCAGCCCAGUCCACCUUCAUUAUGAUACGAGAUGUAGACGUCUUGAAGACCAACGUGUUCAAGGGCCAACAGCUUUUUGACUGGCGAUCAGCUGGAAACAUGGCAGAGAUAGAAUUUCAUGGCGAGUACCUGCAAAGCAACGGGAGCUUCCGAGCUGAAUACUCAUUCGUGGAGCCUUGAUCCUUGGCUCGCAUUUCUAUUAUACAGUAUUUAACGAGACAGGAAUUUAGGCAGUUACUGGAGAACAAUUUGUCCUUAGUUUAAUCAGUAUUGUCAGAAUUUUGUAACAUUAAAAUAAAUGACAGCAGUCAGUCUUA